AAGCUACAGAAACAACGAAGAAGAUGCUCGCGGAAAUGUACGUCCACUGAUCUCUCAUUUCUACAUUUAUUUCAGUUUUCCUAAUAAAAAAGUUAUUACUAAUAUUUCAAGUAUAUGUAUAACUUAGAACAUGAGUUACACCUGUAGACUCGCAGUUAAUCAUGAUACAUGUCGCUGGUAGAGUCAGACCCAGUGAGUGGAGAACCUACAGCUGAUACUAAAUCAUGCUGGGUCGCAUCUGGUCAGUGAGGUUCUGGUUCGGAUCAGAUCUCCCAGGAUUCUGUCUGGGAACAUAUUUAUUGAUUACUCUGAUGGUGCUGAUUUAUGCUGGGGGCAUCCAAGCAAGUCUCAGCCUAGGACCAGGAGGAGACUUUCCAAGAUUUAGAGAUUUGCUUCUGUAUGCCCUCAGUCAUGAUGAGCUGCCUUCUCUUCUGAUCAGUGCUACACUCCUGCUGCUGUUUGGAUCAUGCCAGGAGCAUCGCUGGGGAACAGUCGCCUUGUUGCUUCUGUCUGUCCUGACAGUGACCACGUUACCUUUAGUGUAUGUCCUGGUCCUCUUCGUGGGUGGAGGUGAGGCCAGUCGGAUCCGUGGUUACUCUGCCAUCCAACUGGCUCUGAUUACAGCUCAGUGUCGGCAGAUAGCACAGAGGAGGCUGCUGAGGUGUUUACCAGUCUGGUUCCUGCCCUGGCUCCUUUUGCUGGCUGGUGUGCUGGUGCUGCCGGGGACACCUGCUCUACUCCACUUCUGUGCAAUAUGCAUUGGACACAACUAUCGUCAGCCUUUUAUCGGAAUGUUGCAGGAACAGGAGGAAGCCCGAGUUUUGGAUUUCAUUCCCAAGUGGUUGUAUGUUCCUGCCCUAGCCAACUUCAGAUUGCCGACCUAUGCAACCUCUCAGAGGUCGGUUCCCCAGUUUAUGCCUGUAGGUGAGGAAACUGCUUCAGAUCCUACAGCUUUCAAACACUACCCAUGGACUGAACAAUCACCUGUUUGGAUAACAGAGGAGUCUGCUGCACUGUCUGAGGCAGAGGUAGUGGAGGAGCAGAUGCUAAGAGCAGGGAUACUGGCCUCUUUACAGGAUGCUCCUGAAGCAAGAGUCGAGGUGCCGAAAUCAUCCGUUUCAUCACUGCGGCUUCAGCAGCUGGAGAAGAUGGGUUUCCCCACAGAGAAGGCUGUAGUGGCAUUGGCAGCGUCCAAACAGCUAGAUGGUGCCAUCUCCCUCCUUAUCGAAGACAGCAUCGGAGAGGAAGCUGUGGUAGUUUCAAAGGGAAAGAGCCCUCUCCCACCACAAAGCACCUAGACAACUUCCUGCCCCUGGAUCCAGUCCUUCGCCCCGUUUGUACUUGUAUAGGAAAGCAUUAUGCUUGGGUUUUGCUGAGCUUCAAUAAUUUCCCCUGUGGGUUACAUGUAAAAGCUUCUUAAUGAUCACCUUCCCCUGCAAAGAGGGAUGAAAACUGAACCUCUUUCUAAUGAAAUGCACAUACACACUAUUUGAGAGAGUUUCUGUAUCUGUAAAUCAGAGGGCAACUAUACCAUUAAUUUAUGUUAUAAAAGUUUUUAAUUAAUGCUUUUGUACCACAAAUGAAAACUGCUGACAUGUUAAAAUAAUCAUCAUAAUAAUAAUAAAAAAAAACAAUGAACAAUAUUUAAUUACAUCAGUCAUCUUGACAGGAUUAUCUUAAUACAGUAACACAUUUGCAAGAAAAAAAAAAGAAUAAAAAUAUGAAAUGGUUAUACUACAACUUACAAUAUAAACCAAAAUACCACUUAAAUAGUUUCACAAUUGUUUUGAGUAUUUUCAUCAGAACAGUUUAAGCAGUUUACCAACACAACAGUGGUAAAAAUAUGUUCAAGUUCCUUUAUCAGUAUUCUGUGUGUGCGUGUGAGUGAGACAGAGCGAGCAUGUUUAAGAUCCUGAAAUGGACAGCCACGUUUACAGACAGACAUUUGUUUCUAGAUUGCAGAAUUAUACAACAUAAAUGCUAAUGUUUGUGCAUAUUCAACAUAGAUUAAAUGUCAAAAAGCUAGUAAGUCACUUAACAGUGUGUAUUGCGAGAGGGACAAAAACAAGUCACAUCAGAAAACUACAAAUCACUUAGAAACACAUAGCUUAGAUAGAGAUGACUUCAUAACACUGAGUUAAACAAUACGAUCGAAGUUUAGCAAAAUGAAUACUAGAAGAGGAAGUUUAUCAACGUCAUUGUGUCCUGCUGACUGUACAUGCUCAGUAAACUUAAAUAAUGGACUCUGCAAUUCACAAUUAUAUUGUGAAACCAAAACAAACACAGAUCAAGUAAAUUUUCUCACAUUGAUUUCUCCUUCACUUGAUGGAGAAAGUUCUCCUUCACUUGAUUGUAAAUGACCCUUAUUUUCCAGAACUGUUUGUAGCACGAGGAGCACCACUGAAUGUCUACAUUUUCCUUUUUAAAAACAUGUUUAUUGCUCUUUUGUCUUUAGUUCUGCAACUAAAGGCAUGAAAUACAUAAGCAGCUGUUGGGAUAAUCUUCUAAGGGUUUGGUAAUAGUGAUGGGUGAGGGGGUUAAAAUAGUUCUCAGGUCGUGGGAGAGCAUUUUGGAGUAUCAGUGGAGUUUCCCUGAGGUGUCCCCCAUCCUAAAUCUGAUGAUAAAGCCCAGAUCAGAGACUAGAUAUGGUCUGAAUCUGUUGAGUGACGAUGAGACCUACAGGAGGGGAAGUCGACACGGUCUGUGAUCCUCAGGGUUAGCUGGGUUUGCUACUUCCCUUGAAUCUUGGUGUCGGAGGACAGAGGGGAAGCAAGUCGAUGUGAAAGUGCACCUGCACGCUUAUCUCUGUAGAAACUAGGGGAGGUUGUGCCAAACGGUCCAUCCCCAGACCCUAGAUCAGGCUCUGUUGAAGAAAGACAGCAGUUGGAACGGAGCCUCCCUGACCAUCAGUAUUGGAGGACACGUGCACUCUAUCAUCCUAAUCCAAGUCGUUUCUUCACCGGCAAGCACUAUGACUGGUGUCUUAUGUUGAUGGAGAAGUUGUAGUCACGUGCAAAAGGUUAGUAUCCCACCUUUUAAUACUAUGUUUUUGUGUGUGAAAGUAGGAUAAAAUGAAUCUGAUCAUAGAAGCUCUUAGUAUUAGGCAAACAAAACUUCUGAUGAACAAGAUCAAACUUUUUUUUCUUUCCACUCUGCCAUAAUAUAGUUAUACUAUAUAAUAUAGCUAAUAUAGUUAUAAUGAACUGAAGUUAACAAAAAUUAAGCCGAAAAGAGUCAUAUGGGAAAAACUAAGUACCAUCUUACUGCCUUCAUAGGAUUCAAGAGUGUGAUUUGCAAGCAGGUGCU